AGCUGUUUCACUUAUUCCCGAGGCAGGGGGCUUUCAAAGGCUGUGAGUGACAAGUCGGAGGGAGAUUUUCGACUGAUCCCAGGCCUGUUUUCUCCGCUUGGGAUUCCCCACCUCCCCCAGCCAGCAGUAAGAACAGCAGCCUCUUCGAGUCAGCUUGUGGGAUUUGGCUGAGCCAAUUUGAAGGCUGGGUUUUUAAAACCUCUUUGCUGUCGAGUUAUUCAGGCAAAUUUUGCUUCUUCUUGAAAUUUCUCGGUUUGGGGGGCGAGCCGGCCUCUGUUUUUCUCUUCAUCUUCCUAGUGCAAAUAAGGAGAUCAACCAGCCAGCAGCAAGAAAAAUAAACUUUUAACAACAGCAGCAGCAGCAACAAAAACCUGUAUAAAGGUUUGUGGGACUGCGUUGUGCAGCACAAGGGGAAACUCCAGAAUCUCCAAUGCCUCUGGUACGAUCUCUCUCGGUCACCUCCCUCAAUGGGCUUCCUCAGUGGGAAGAUGAAGACCUUCCUGUCGAGGAUUUAUUACUGUUUGAAGUGUCUUGGGAAGUCACUAAUAAAGUUGGCGGCAUCUAUACGGUGAUUCAGACCAAAGCCAAAAUCACCUUGGACGAAUGGGGGGAAAACUACUUUCUCAUUGGUCCUUAUUUCGAGCACAACGUGAAGACCCAGGUGGAAGUGUGUGACCCUCCCAGUGCAGCAGUGAUGAGGGCAAUGGAUACCAUGAGGGCCAAUGGGUGUCAGGUGUAUUUUGGCAGGUGGCUGAUAGAAGGGAGCCCGUACGUGGUGCUGUUCGAUAUAGGAUCGGUGGCUUGGAAUCUGGACAAAUGGAAAGGGGAAUUCUGGGAUGCAAGCCACAUUGGAAUCCCUUACCAUGACCGAGAAGCAAAUGACGCACUCAUCUUUGGAUCGUUAACUGCCUGGUUCUUGAAAGAGCUCGCUGAUCAAUUUGAAGAGAAGCCCAAUAUCAUUGCUCACUUCCACGAAUGGCAAGCAGGACCUGGGCUGAUCCUUUGUCGAUCCAGGAAGGUCCCCAUUGCAACAAUCUUCACAACUCAUGCUACACUGUUGGGGAGAUACUUAUGUGCAGCAAGUAUAGACUUCUACAACCACCUGGACCAGUUUGACAUUGAUAAAGAAGCCGGCGAAAGACAGAUCUACCACCGGUACUGCAUGGAACGGGCGUCAGUACAUUGCGCCCAUGUGUUCACCACGGUCUCUCAGAUAACAGCCAUAGAAGCAGAACACAUGCUGAAGAGAGCAGCUGAUGUCGUCACUCCAAACGGCCUCAACAUUAAGAAAUUCUCGGCCAUGCACGAGUUCCAGAAUCUGCACGCCACCUGUAAAGCGAGGAUCCAAGAGUUCAUUCGAGGCCAUUUCUACGGCCAUCUUGAUUUCAACCUUGAAAGGACCUUGUUUUUCUUCAUUGCUGGGAGAUACGAGUUUUCAAACAAAGGAGCUGACAUGUUUCUAGAGGCCUUAUCAAGAUUAAACUUCCUACUGAGGGUCCACAGGAGUGACAUCACAGUGGUUGUGUUCUUCAUCAUGCCAGCUAGUACUAACAAUUUCAACGUGGAAACCCUGAAAGGCCAGGCAGUCCGAAAGCAGCUAUGGGACACUGCACAUUCUGUGAAGGAAAAAUUUGGCAAGAAACUCUAUGAAGCACUAUUAAGAGGAGAAAUCCCCGAUAUGAACAAGAUCAUUGAUCGUGAUGACCUCACCAUAAUAAAACGAGCCAUCUAUUCCACCCAGCGACAGAGUCUCCCACCGGUGACAACCCACAACAUGAUUGAUGACUCCAGCGAUCCCAUCCUCAGCACCAUUAGACGGAUCGGCCUUUUCAACAACCGAACAGACCGGGUUAAGGUGAUCCUGCACCCUGAAUUCCUUUCUUCAACUAGUCCACUAUUACCAAUGGACUAUGAAGAGUUUGUCAGAGGUUGCCAUCUCGGUGUAUUCCCAUCUUACUACGAGCCCUGGGGCUAUACCCCUGCUGAGUGCACCGUCAUGGGAAUUCCCAGCGUGACCACGAACCUCUCAGGAUUUGGCUGCUUCAUGCAGGAGCAUGUGGCAGACCCAGCUGCUUAUGGCAUUUACAUCGUGGACAGGAGAUUCCGCUCUCCAGAUGAGUCCUGUAAUCAGCUGACGCAGUUCCUUUACGGGUUCUGCCAGCAAUCACGUCGACAAAGAAUCGUCCAGAGAAACCGAACGGAGAGGCUCUCAGAUCUGCUGGACUGGAGAUACCUAGGCAGGUUUUAUAUGCAUGCCAGGCAUUUGGCUCUUAGUCGGACAUUUCCUGAAAAAUUCGAGAUGGAACCAAAUGCUCCACCAAAGACUGAAGGAUUUCGGUACCCUCGUCCUUCAUCCGUCCCCCCCUCACCCUCCGUUUCUCAGCACAACAGCCCCCACCAAAGCGACGAGGAGGUUGAAGAUGAGGAUGAAAGAUAUGACGAGGAGGAAGAAGCUGAGAGAGACAGGCAGAACAUAAAGUCUCCAUUUCCCCUCAACGCUUUGCCAGAGGGGAAAAAGAAGCAGCACGGAGAAUACAGGAACUGAUUAAAUAUAUACAUCUGUUUGUGGCUUCGCAUGGGUGACACCAAUUCAGCUGUACAUAUCUCACCUCAAUGGUCCACUUGCAACAACCUGACAUAAUGGGAGUGUGAUCUAAACAUCUGAAAUAUCUUGAAUUCCUUCUACUAUUAUCACCCCUGUUAUAAAUAGUUCUGAUGGUAUUUUCCCUCCCCACCCCCAUUUGGAGGUAGAAGAAGGAAUUUAGAAGAAUAUAGUAAACUUUAGGGCUGCGUGCUGGCUUUCGUAUUUGUGUCCCUAAUGUUUUGUCAUUGGAGAAUGGAGAAAGGGCCAAAUGUCUUUAGACCUGCAAGCUUUCAGGCUUAUAGGAAAAGAAAAACAGUGCUGUUAGAGUCGCUACCUUUUGCAAAAGUCUUGUCACACAGACACAGCCACUGGCCUCCUGCAUGAUUUUGUGGUUUGUUUUUU